UUGUGUUGAGAUGAUGUCAGUGAUGGAGGGAGAUUCUGUGCUUCUACACACUGAUGUUACUGCAAUACAUGAAGACGACAACAUACUGUGGAAAUUUGGAACUAACAACACUCUGAUCGCUCAAAUCAAGAGAGGGAAACAAAUCUUCCCUGAUGAGAGAUUCAGAGACAGACUGAAGCUGGACAAUCAGACUGGAUCUCUGACCAUCACAAACAUCACAACUCAACAUGCUGGACUCUAUGAAGUAAAGAUUAGUGGAACAACACGGGCAACAAAAACAUUCAGUGUUUCUGUCUAUGCCCAUCUGCCCAAUCCUAUCAUUACCAGAGCCAGAGAUUCUCCACAAUGUUCAUCAUCAUCAUCAUCAUCAUCAUCUUUUUCAUCACAGCAGAAUUGUUCAUUGUUUUGUUCAACAGUGAAUGUGGGUCAUGUGACUCUCUCCUGGUACAAAGGAAACAGUUUAUUGUCCAGCAUCAGUUUGUCUGAUCUCAGCAUCAGUCUCUCUCUACCUCUGGAGGUGGAAUAUCAGGAUAAUAACACUUACAGCUGUGUGAUCAACAAUCCCAUCACAAACCAGACCACACAUCUGGACAUC